UAGGCUCACGUGGAAGAAAGUGGCAGUAGAAACAAAACAACUGUCACUCGACAAAAUUUCCAUGAAAUGUAGUCUUUUUUAAGUAGUUUUAUUAUUUUUCCAAGACGUAAGUAUAAUCCGAUGCUGCUGAAUAAUGGCAACUCCAGCUAUUCGGAUGUUUCGGAAGUUAGAGGGCCUGUUCUGUGUCUACAAACCUUCUGGUGUUCACUGGAAACUGGUACGGGACAGCAUCGAGACAAAUCUUCUUAAAGGUUUGAAUGCUGCGCCUUCCCAGCCACUUCCCCGCGAGGUUCGACUCUUAGCACAACCCAGACAUGAGAGUGAAGCGUCCAAAGGACUCACGGUAUCAGCAGUAUCGGUUCCCGUACUGUCCAAGCACCCUCUGGUCACAGGACCUGAAUUCCAGCAUAUUCGAGUUGGAGUCGGACAUCGCCUCGAUACUUUCUCCUCGGGUGUUCUAGUUCUUGCUGUUGGGAAUGGAAACAAGGCGCUGAAUGAUUUCUACACCACAAGAGUGACGAGGGAUUAUACCCUGGAGGCUGAAUUUGGAACUGCAACAGAUAAUUUCACUAACACAGGUCGAGUUGUGGAAAGGUCCACUUAUGAUCACAUCACACAGGAUAAGCUGGAGAGAGUUCUGUCAAUGCUGGAGGGAGUCAACCAAAAAACGUUGUUGACGUAUUCCAACAUAGACAUGCGCUCACAGGAAGCCUAUGAGCUGGCUGCGCAAGGUUUACUGGGUCCAGAGGGGAAAUCGACACCCAUCUUGACCGGCUUGCGUUGCAUUCGCUUCCAGCCUCCCAACUUCACAUUAGAGGUGCAGUGUCUAAAUGAGACUCAGAAGUAUCUGCGUAAAAUUGUGCAUGAGAUAGGACUGGAACUGCGUAGCACAGCAGUGUGUAAUGGAGUACGACGCACCAGAGACGGACUUUUUACCCUACAGGACGCUCUGAUCCAUCACCACUGGACUGCUGCUGAUGUCAUGCAAGCCAUCCAGUUGUAUCAUUCCACUAAGAAAAAUAAAAAACGUUCAAAGGCAACGAACAAGACAUCUGCAUUACAAACAUCUGAAGACAAUAUCACAGAAACUCAACAAAGUGAAAUUAAUGAAGGAGUGGCUAGGUAGAUUGUGUAAAAUAACUAGUCACUUAAGGCCUAUCAUUCACCUAUGACCCGAUCAAAAAAAUUUUUUUAUGACGCUGCAUAACUUCCCACAGUUUAGCUCAGUCAGGAAAGAGGUUUGCAGACUAGAAAUCCCGGUGAACAUUUGACCGUGAUUUGUAUACAGGAUGUGUAUACAAAUAACUGUAAACAGUUAAAGCAAUACUUCUGUAAAACCCAUUGAAUUAAACCCAGAAGUCUGCACAUAUCAAUCGAUAUAAAAUUCACUGUGGUGGAAAACAAAAACUGUAUUUUGCAAUGCUGUAGUAUUGCUUAAUUCCUUAAUGUUAAUAUUAUUUCUUAUGUUCUGAAUGAAUUUACAAUAAUAAAGACCAAAAAGAAUGCA